AUCCCUUUAAAGCGUGGAAUUCGAAGGAAGCGAGAGUCACGAGACAGUGAUUAGUAAUCUAAUUGUUACUAUUCUUUUGUUAUCUGUUAACUAAAUCUAUCUCUGUUUUUUGCCGCAUCAGUUUUAUCAGUUGGCAACUCUAAAAUGUCUUCUCUUCUGAUAUUGCUUUUGGUGUGUUGCUGUUACGAGGCUUCAGCCUACGAUGUUAAACGUUGGAAGCAGUGCACGGAUCCUCAAAAAGGGAAAGUGUAUAGCUUGGAGUCUUCAGAAGUCUGUGAUGCAAGCACAUGUCAUUUAAAACGAGGAAGCAAUGUCACUUUUACGGUGCAUUUUUCAUCGGGUGAAGCUGUAACUAAAGCUAAGGCUGUGGUGUAUGGUUACAUUGACGGAAUCAAAAUAAAAUUUCCUCUUCCAAACACUGAUGGCUGCCAAAACUGUGGCUUGACUUGCCCACUGAAAAAUGGACCAAAGUAUGCUUAUCACGCUAUGGUUCCAGUCCAGAAAGCAUACCCAAAGAUUAAACUGGUGGUUAUAUGGUAUCUGAUGGACCAGAGCGGGAACAACAUUUGGUGCAUUGAUGUUCCUGCUGUGAUCACCGAUUGAAUACACUUCCGAUGUUUAAACUUUUGUUUUCUAUUACCUGUUAUUGUAAAGUUAAAAAACUACUGUUUCUAAUCAUUAGUAAGAAUUGGGUGUAUUUCUCCGAGUGUAUUAUUUGUUAAUUUGAAUCCUUGUUUUAGCUUGCUUAUUGCAUUAUCUACAAGACCGUUACCAGAUCAUUCCUUCUUUUCUUUUUCUUCUUUUUAUUUUUCGUUAACCUACAUGUAUGCUCAACAUGUGUCUCAAUAUGUGCAUAAUGUUUGACUUGCCAGUGUUAGAGGAACAAAAUUAAAGAUAAAAAACUAAUAUUUUAUGAUUGCCAGGAAUACAUUCAUGCAACAGUACUUUUCAUGAGAAGAAAAAAAAUACUGCCGACAGUUUUGCAACAAAUGGGCUAGUAGUAGUAUGAAGAAUAUUUCUUACAUUUUCAUUGUUUUAUAAUUGUUUCUGUACCAUUGCUGUGUCAUUAUGUAUGUUGUGAGGUUUCAAAAUGUUUACCCAGUUCUUACUGAGAAUGAGGCCUGUGACAUCUCCACUGUUUUAUGUGUAAAUGAUAUAAACUUUCAUGUAUGUGAACCGAGUGAUAGGUACAUAUUCGGAAGACAUUUUCUAGUUUGUAUGAAUAGCUACUCUGAAAAUAUUUUCUAGUUUGUAUGAAUAGCUUUUAGUGCUUGUUGUUAAUAUUCUUAUACAUUUCGUCUGAUACAGCUGUCAUUUGCAUUGGUGGGAGGCGACAUUUCUCCAAUUGUAAAUGGAAAUCUUGGUUAUCAUUGGUAAACAUUUACUGGAAUUAUUUGUUUUUGUUUAUUUUAUUUGAACAGGUGUACAUUUCAGAUCUGUUAAUAUUUUUUUGAUUUGUGAAUUUUUAGUUGUUUCUUGGCUGUAUAUUUUGAUGAAGUGUAAAAACAAUUGUACAGAAUAAUUUUUUAAAACAAGGACACAAAGUACAUUAAUUACAUAGUUGAUGUUAAAGCAAGUUUUAUUUAAUGUUUAUUGGGGGUCAUUCUAAUGCUUUAGAAAUUUGCUUAUGUAUUUCUGGUACAAAUGUUUUUUUCAAUUGCAUUAAUUUAAUAUUAUCACAUUUGAUCCAAACUAUAUUCUUGGCUUUUCAAUUGUAUCUGUAUAUGUACAUGUACACAAAUGAUGAAUAUUUUUUCAAAGAAAAUAAUUUUUACAAUAAACUUUAACAUAUU